AUGCUUUCAACUCUUGCAACACAAGUCAUUUUUGCACUUGUUUUGGGUACUGCCAACGCUCUUCCGAGCUCUAACGCAAGUCCAAAAUUUGACACUCGCACAUCUGUGCAGCAGGGCUACAUAAAUGUGGCCGUCGCAACAUUGUGGACCGACUCCAGCAAACCGCGGGCAAUAGACACGCCGGCACUGACAAACCCGGCACAAAUUGAGCAAUGGCUCAGCUCUAUGAACGUGACCGAGUUCCGCGACCUUACCGAGAACAGCCGGACCCAGACACAGGCUCUGUAUGGCGCACAGGUCGACAUCCUCAACUAUGAAAGUGGUUGGUACGAAGUGGCGGUCCCGGGCCAGGCGACCCAAAAAAACAACCUUGGAUACCCUGGCUGGGUUCCCGCCGCGCAGGUGUCGCUCGAUCAACACUACGGAAAACUGCAAUCAAGCAAGCCUUUUGCGACAAUCGACAAGGCCGCGACAGUUUCGCUCUAUCGAGAUCCGACCUUGAAGUCAAAGCUCAUGGAAAUCAGCUACGAUACAAGACUCCCAGUCCUGAGGGAGAGAGAGUCGGUCAUUGAGGUUGCAGUACCUGAUGUUGGCUCGGCUUUCUUGGCCGCUCAGGAUGCCAGCAUUUACAAGUCUGCGUCGGAAAUCCCUUAUCCGACCAGCGAGGAUCUGAUCAACACAGCGAAAUUGUUCAUCGGCCUUCCUUAUCUCUGGGGUGGUAUGUCUGGAUUUGCCUUCGACUGCUCGGGUUUCGCACACACGAUCUACCAUUCGCAUGGUAUUUCUAUUGCCCGUGAUGCUGAUGCGCAAGCCGACUUCACUGGUCAUGGCAUUCGGGUCGACAAGGAGGAUUUGCAACCAGCGGAUCUUAUGUUCUACGCGAAUAACCUCAGCGAUGCGAGCACCAUUUAUCACGUUGCGAUGUAUAUUGGGAAUGGGCAGAUGGUAGAGGCCUAUGAUGCAGGGACUCCAGUGAGAAUCACGACUGCUCGUUUGGGCAAAGGAUACUGGGGUGCGGAGCGUUUCUUGUUGUGA